AUGAUGAAUUAUGAAGAAAAUACUAAUUUAGGAAACCACCCAGAAGAAAUCGUAUUAAUAGUUGACGAAGAAAAUCGCCCAAUCGGAGAAGCUAUUCGUAAAGAUAUGAGAAAGCUGAAGCUUGCCCAUAGGGCAAGCUUUAUUUUUAUAAAAAAUUCAGAAGGGCUUUUGCACGUCCAGAAGCGAGUUUUAACAAAAGAUGUUUACCCUGGGUACUUCGACCCUACUACAGGUGGGUGUGUUUUGGCAUCAGAUUUAAAUGAUAAAGAAGCUGCACUCAGAGAGCUUGAAGAAGAACUUGGUAUUACUGGGAUUGACAUUGAAUUUGUUGACUGGUUCCAUUAUAAGAAUGCAGAAAAUAAUGUAUGGGGAUCAAUUUAUCUUGCAGAGUGGAAUGGACCUGUUAGUCUGCAAGCUGAUGAAGUUGAGUCGCUUCACAUGAUGAGCAUUUCAGAAAUUUUAGAAAGGUUUCAAAACAAUGAAAAAUUCUGCCCAGAUAGCAUGGCAGCACUUCAACAGCUAAUUAGUUUAGGCAGACUUAAUUAA